AUGGCAUCAUAAUCAAAUGAAGAGUGGGAGAUCAUAUGCUCAGAUGCUCUACUUAAGGGUCAGAAGAUAUGCUAGAUUCCUUAUUACUAUCAAGGUUCAUUUUUAUGUCAAGCUUGUAGUCAGCUGUGUAAAAGUGAUAUAUCUGGUAUAAAGAAAACUGAGCAUUAUUUCUUCCCAUUCUAGUGCUAAUGCCAAUUCAUUGACGGUGAAUGCUUGUUCAAAGAAAGAAUUUAAGAUCCAGUUUUGACUCAAGAGGACAUCGAUCUCAGAUAGGCUUUGGUUACAGGAAUGGAUUAAGCAAUAGAUAAACUAACCACAGUAGAUGUGAAGCCAAACAUGCUGCAGUAACAAAGAUUUUCUCAUUCUUUGGAGGAUAGCAUAGAAAAGGUUUACUUAUAUGAGGAUGAGUUACUCUAAUCCAUAUGUCUCUCACUUAUACCUCAGGAAGUGCAAGAGACUUAGGAAUAAGUUGCCUAGCUAAAGGGUUUAUUGAAGUGGUUUAAGUCUGACUUCUUCACUUGGUGUGACUAGCCAAAGUGUACAAAAUGUGGUAGCAAUAAGAAUGUAGUUGGAACUGGAAAUGGGUAGCCCACAGCAGAGGAGAGAUCUGACGGCCACGCAGGGAAUGUUGAACUCUAUACCUGUAAUAAAUGCAAUAUACCCUUGAGAUUCCCAAGAUACAACCAUCCGCUGAAACUAUUAGAGACUAGAACAGGCAGAUGCGGUGAAUGGGCUAAUGCGUUUACGGCUGUAUGUAGAGCAUUAGGACAUGAGGCACGUUUCGUAUUAGACUGGACUGAUCACGUUUGGACUGAAUGCUACAUCAAGUCUACUUAGCGAUGGACUCAUUUAGACUCUUGUGAAAAUGCUUUUGACACUCCUUUGAUUUACGAAGGUGGUUGGGGUAAAAAGUUAUCUUAUGUGAUAGCGUUUUCAAAGGAUGAGGUAGUAGAUGUAACUAAGAGAUACGUUUUGAAUAAGAUGAUGAAUAGAAUGAGAAGGACGCUAGUUCCUGAAAGUUGGCUAUAACAGACUAUUGAAACUAUGAGAGAUAGAAUGUGGGCGAUGCAAGACAACGCCAGAAAGAUGGAACUUAGACUAAGGUUCAGUCAAGAACAGUUUUAGCUUCUAUCUGGAAUUAAAGAAGUCAAAGAGGAUGAAAAUGUACCAAGACAAUCAGGCUCAAUGGAAUGGAGACAAUCAAGAGGGGAAAUGGGUUCCUCAGAUUCUCCAGCUCAAAUUUAAUAGCAGUAGUAGCAUGAACAGCCACAGCAGAAGCAAUAGCAGCAAAUUUAACCCUAAACUUAGAUCUAGCCAUAAUAGAAAUAAACUAUUCAGUCAGUAAUGAAGGAAAAGCAUGAUUAGCAAUAGUAAAAACAAGUAGAGGAAUAGAAGUAUUAGUCUAUGGUGCAUGAAAUGACUGAGCAGGAGAAAUAUGAUCUCUAGUAAAAAUUGAAGUUGGAUGUGAAGCAGCUUUUCCAGCAAAUGACUCUAGGAUGUCCAAACAAAAAUUGUAAUAACAAGGAGUUCUGUGGUAAUGCGAAUUAAAGCUUAAAAGCAUAGGAAGCUACAUCCAGACUCCAACUUGUAAUGCAAAAGAUAAAGAGCGGCUAAUACAAGUUUUGUAACUCAUCUUGA